UGCGCAAUGGCCGCCACGCGAGUGCUGCUGCUCCUGUCCGGGCGCGCCGAGUCGCCCGGCUUCGCGCACAGUGUGUGUCGCCUUCUGGGCGCCGGGCCAGGGCUUGGGCCGUGGAGCACGCACUGCGGCCUGAAGCGAGGACGACUCGUCCUUUCGGACGGGCCACUCCCGGGCGCUUCCACCAGGCUUCCGCUGCAGCGAUCCCCUUUCUGCCCUUUCGCGGCACUGGAGCAGCAGUUCGGGGCUCGGGCGGCCGAGCUGCCCACGAAUCGAGGUGUGGACCUGGGUGUGGCCGUCCUUCUGCAGUCCAGCGACCUGACUGUCCUGUUAACCCGAAGGACGAGCACCCUCAGCGUUUCUCCCAACCUCUGGGUACCCCCAGGUGGUCACGUGGAACUUGAUGAAGAGCUGUUGGACGGAGGUCUCCGAGAGCUUUGGGAGGAGAGUGGACUACAGCUGCCCCAGGGCCAAUUCUCUUGGGUCCCUUUGGGGUUAUGGGAGUCUGCCUACCCUCCUAGGCUCAGCUGGGGUCUCCCCAAAUACCAUCACAUCAUUCUCUAUCUACUCGUGGUCUCCCAGGAGUCACAGCAGCAGCUACAGGCCCGGAUCCAACCAAACCCAAGUGAGGUGAGUGCCUUUAUGUGGCUGGGACCAGAUGUAGCAGCUGCAGUGGCUGCCACAGAGGAUGGCACAGAGACACCCAGGCAUCUGCCCCAGGAGCUACCACCCUCUGUCCUUGCAGUGGAACUAGAGGAAGAUGGAGGAACUCGACCUCUGGCCUUGCCUGUGUCUACGCUGCUGCGGACAACCCCAACCACAGCUGAAGGCAAAGAGAGGGUCAGCACUGGGACCAAGUUUGCCCUCCGGCUCUGGCUGCAGCGUCUGGGCAGGUAGAGCCGGGAUGGCAGCCGAGGUGACAGGACAGUGCUUUUUGGUCGGGGGCAGGUCCUCCUCAUCUGAUGAACUCUCUAUUGUCAAGUCAAUAACUUCAAUCUUCUUCUUAGUCUCUGAUGGAUUGCCCUCUUG